GCAUCUUUCUUUUUUUUUCCCUUUAUUUUUUUUUUUUAAUCUUCUCGUGUAUAUCUAACAUGAUAAACCGUACCAUUAUAUCCAUCUGUAUUGCACUCUUUACAGCAUACCUUGUAUCCAGGAAAAAACGAAGAACAAGAUUACAAGUGGUAGCAAGCCAUGGCGAAAAAGUGUUCCUGGUAGGAUGUUCCAGUGGGAUUGGGAAAGCAUUGGCAUUACUUUAUGCAAGACGUGGAGCUAAGCUUGUUCUCGUGGCAAGACGUAAACCACUUUUGGAUGCGUUAGUUGAAGAAUGUCUCGCAGCAGGUGCUUCAUUGGCAGUGGGGAUGGCAGGGGAUGUGACGCAAGUGGAAGAUAUGGCAAGGAUCGUAGCUACAAGUCCGUUUCAAGAUGGAAUAGAUACUGUGAUUUACUGUGCAGGUGCUAUCUCUGUUCGGCCAUUCAUGGACAUUAGUGGUAUUAUCAUUAGUGACAACAAGAUCAUACAACAAGAAGAAGAAAAAGUCGAUCAAGCUAUGAAAGAUAUUACCAAUAUCAAUUAUUUUGCCGCAGUACAUACAACAAGAUUGGUCUUACCUUUCCUUCUCAAGAGUUUUUUCCAACAACGACAACCCAAUUUGAUAGUGAUUUCCUCCAUGGCAGGUAAAGUAGGCGCACCGACACGAUCUUUGUAUAGUGGCUCCAAACAUGCUGUUCAUGGCUUUUUUGAUUCUUUACGUGUGGAACUGGCUCCGUACAACAUCCAUGUGGGAAUUGUAUGUCCUGGUACUGUGGAUACUGAUUUACGUCAAUCAGCGGUGGAUCUUGAUGCAUCAACGUCUGUGAUUGCUGGUUCAACCAAAGGGAAAUUGUCUCCUCAAGUCGUGGCUGAACGUAUCCUUUUGGCUUCCGAUGCUCGUGAACGUGAAGUUUAUCUCCCUGGUUACUACUAUUGGGCUCUCUGGCUAUCAAGAUCUUGGAUUGAUGGUUUUGCAAAGAGAAAAUAUAGACAAGCCUCCUAGUUGGUCUUCCUUUUAGUAGUAGGUUUUGAUCAUGGCUAUAGUGUAGUAUAGUUAUUACUCUUUUUUUUUUUUUAAUUCCAAAAGCAUAACUUAAUAAAAAAAAAAAAAAGAAAAGCGUGAUAUAAAAGUA